AAGAAUUCAUUAUAGUACAAAAUUACCUACAUAUUUCAGCUGAGAUUAGUGUCCUCGUGAGCAGCUUGCUAUUUGCAUAGUUGACCUGCAGGUUAGACCUGCUCAGACAGUAGCAUGUUUGUGCAUUUCACAUUACCAAAACACUUUCUAGGUUUUAAAGUUAUUAGUCAGCAUUCACAUACUCGCUUUACCUUUUUCCUCAUCCCUGACUGGUUCCAGGUUUGUAUAUACUUUUGCCUGAUUCCCUCAAUGUGGAGAGCAAAUAUUCCAAAUUGCACGCAACAAUUGUUGAUUUCACAUGCACACAAACACAUGAAGGUCUUCAUAUACUUGUAAGACUGGAGCUCAGCCCCUCUUAUGGUGUUUGCAUUAGUUAAACACUGUAAAUAUUCCUGAAUUUAUAUGCAUUUAAAGUUCACUAAGGCAGUUGUUAUUAAGGGUAUAGUUUCUACUGACAUUUUUGGGAGUUUUUAAGUCCAGAUAGGCUGAAAGAUCAGCCUUUAGUCUGCUUUUUUUUUUUUUUUUUUCUGUUUAUCUCAGCUAUAUCUUUGCUCUAUCUUUGCUGUGUAUCUCAGCUGAAACUUCGCAAGGACAUAAAUGUAUGUGCAUAGGUCAUUUGAUAAACCAUGCAGGGAUUAAACCUGCGUGAAAACAAGACCAACAGAAUUUUGUUAAGAUAUUUGCCUUAAUUGGAAAGGCUUAAAAUAAAUGAUCAUAUGAUUAAAAAAAGCAAGGAUUGCCUGCUAUUUGUUGUAACCCCUAUUUCUGUAGCGCCCCUGUAGCCAGAGAAGCAGCUGUUCAUUGCUGACAUUCUCCCUGCCAGGCAUUCCAACUCUCUGAGGUAAUGGGCUGCAAGCAUACGGGCCUUCGCUUUAAUUCUUUCAGCGUAUCCUUCCGCAUGGAUAGAGCGAGGGGAACGCCUCCAGGAAAAGAAAUUAAAUGCACACACACAGAGGCACACAGGGACGGCCGAUUUGAAAAUAUUCCCGAGAAGGCAAUUUGCGCUCAUGCGGCACAGCGUCACAUGAAAGGGGCCGCCCGAAGAGCUGCCUGGCACAGGUUUAUUUUGUCGUAGUAUUUUCUUCCACCCCCCCAGCUCUUUACCCAGUGGAAUGAUAUCCAGAGCGAGUUUUUUGAGACAGGAAGUGAGGAAUGUUUUCACUAUGAGUGAUCUGAGAACAAGGUGGGUUAGCCGAGAUAGCAGCUGUUUGGGACAAGAGGAGCACAGUAAGUCAGCUCCCGAGGAAUACAGAUGAGAGAUGGCUCCGGGAGAAGGGGUCUUGGAGCGCCGGGGGGUUUGUUCGGCUCCACGUAUGUGAAAGGAGACCCGGUGUCUUUGGAUCGCUGUGCGAGGACUCCAGUGGAUGUCUCUUCUCCUUGUCUCUUGGUGGAAAACUUGCUUGGCUUUAAUGGAUACUGCUGCUGCUGGUUGAUCUCUGGAGACUUUACAGCUCCUUACCUUUUGAGAGGAGGUGACUUCUCGUCACCUCUCAAGGUCUCAGUGGUAGUAGUUCUUUAUCACUAACCAUCGCUGGGGGAAAAAGAAGAUGCCUCUACCUUUUGGGCUGAAAUUGAAACGAACUCGACGUUACACAGUAUCUAGCAAGAGUUGCUUGGUGGCUCGUAUCCAGCUGCUCAACAAUGAAUUUGUGGAGUUCACACUGUCAGUGGAAAGCACGGGCCAGGAAAGUCUGGAAGCAGUGGCUCAGAGGCUUGAAUUGCGGGAGAUUACGUAUUUCAGUCUCUGGUAUUAUAAUAAGCAGAAUCAACGCAGAUGGGUAGAUCUGGACAAGCCUCUGAAAAAGCAGCUGGACAAAUAUGCCUUGGAGCCAACUGUGUAUUUUGGAGUAGUAUUCUAUGUGCCUACUGUUUCUCAGCUUCAGCAGGAGAUUACCAGGUAUCAGUAUUACUUGCAAUUAAAGAAAGAUAUCUUGGAGGGCAACAUUCCUUGCACACUGGAACAAGCAAUACAUCUGGCUGGUUUGGCAGUUCAGGCGGAUUUUGGAGACUAUGAUCAGUAUGAAUCUCAGGAGUUUCUACAAAGAUUUGCCUUGUUUCCAGUGGGUUGGCUACAAGAAGAAAAAAUAUUGGAAGAAGCAACACAGAAAGUUGCCUUGCUACAUCAGAAGUACAGAGGCCUUACUCCUCCUGAUGCAGAAAUGUUAUAUAUGCAAGAAGUGGAAAGAAUGGAGGGCUAUGGUGAAGAGACCUAUCCUGCAAAGGACAGCCAAGGAAGUGACAUAUUCAUUGGAGCAUGUCUUGAUGGUAUCUUUGUGAAACACAAAAAUGGUCGUCCUCCUGUUGUAUUUAGGUGGCAUGAUAUUGCCAACAUGUCCCACAAUAAAUCCUUUUUCGCAUUAGAACUGGCAAACAAAGAGGAGACAAUUCAGUUCCAAACUGAAGAUAUGGAAACAGCAAAAUAUGUGUGGAGGAUGUGUGUGGCUAGACACAAAUUUUACAGACUAAAUAAAUGCAGCCUACAAACUCAGCCUGUGACAGUGAAUCCUGUUAGAAGACGAUCUUCAUCCAGGAUGUCCAUGCCCAAGCCUCAGCCUUAUAUGAUGCCUCCACCACCUCAGCUGCAUUACAAUGGUCAUUAUAGUGAACCAUAUGCAUCUUCCCAAGAUAACCUCUUUGUGAGCAAUCAGAAUGGAUACUACUGUCACUCCCAGACUAGCUUGGAUAGAACCCCUCAUGACUACAGUGGUCGGAUCCGCAAUGGGAGUGUCUAUAGUGCACACAGCACAAACUCCUUGAACAACCCACAGCAUUACUUGCAGCCAUCCCCCAUGUCCUCUAACCCAAGCAUUACUGGCAGUGAUGUCCUCAGAACUGAUUAUGUCCCAUCACACAGACACAGUGCACUAAUACCACCUUCUUACCGUCCCACGCCAGACUAUGAGACUGUGAUGAGACAGCUCAACAGGGGGAUGGUGCACACAGAUAGGCAGAGUCACUCAAUGAGGAAUCUUAACAUCAGCAACUCCUAUGCUUACAGCAGGCCUGAUGCCUUAGUUUACAGUCAGCCUGAAAUUCGAGAGCAUGCCCACUUUGCUGCCCCACAGUCUAACCAUUAUCCAUUUAACCUGAACUACAGCUUCCAUAGCCAGUCCCCCUAUCCCUAUCCCGCUGAAAAGCGCCCGGUUGUUGGGGCAGUCAGCGUGCCUGAGCUGACAAAUGUGCAGCUCCAGGCUCAGGAUUACCCAGCACCGAACAUAAUGAAGACUCAGGUCUAUCGCCCGCCUCCCCCAUACCCGUACCCAAGACCUGCCAACAGUACUCCAGACCUUUCUCGACACAUCUACAUCAGCAGCAGCAAUCCAGACCUCAUCACAAGGCGAGUGCACCAUUCUGUCCAGACAUUUCAGGAGGACAGCCUGCCUGUGGCGCAUUCUCUGCAGGAGGUCAGUGAACCGCUGACAUCCGCACGCCAUGCUCAGCUGCAGAAAAGGAACAGUAUCGAAAUUGCAGGCUUGACCCCCAGCUUUGAAGGAUUAAGAAUUAAAGAGAGGACCAUGUCAGCUUCUGCAGCAGAUGUGGCUCUUCCAAGAGUUAUCUCAGAAGGGUCACAGCCCAACAUUCUGAUGGAGAGAACGAAGCAAAAAGAGGGUGAGCAAGAAGAGUGUGUGAACUGUGAUCACAAGAAAACCCUUUCAGAUGCCACUAUGCUGAUUCACAGUAGUGAGGAAGAAGAAGAAUUUGAAGAAGAGAAUAAGGCCAGUACAAGUCUUUCUCCUCUCCCUGAAGAUCAAACCCAACUUUCAUCUGUUGUGGGAGGUUAUUCUCGUGAUUCAGUACUAAACUACCCUUACAGCUCUGUUGCUUCACCUGCUGGCCCUUUGCAUAUUCUUGAGCCUAAAUUACAUAUCACAGAGGCAGAAAAGAGAAUGAAAGAUAUCAGCCCUGUUCAUUUACUAGUAGAAAACCAGGUACAGAGAAGAGGGGAAGGACUGCUUACUCCAUCUAUGUCAGAAUCUGAUCUUACAACAUCAGGGAGAUACAGAGUAAGGAAAGAUUCAGUAAAGAAGAGACCCGUGUCCGAUCUUUUGUCUGGGAAGAAGAAUAUUGUGGAAGGCCUUCCCCCUCUAGGUGGUAUGAAAAAGAAUAAAAAUGAUGCAAAAAAAAUUGGGCCUCUGAAGCUAGCUGCCCUAAAUGGACUGGCAUUGACUAGAAUGCCUCUGCCAGAUGAGGGGAAGGAAGAAUCAACAAGAGCAACAAAUGAUGAACGAUGUAAAAUCCUGGAGCAGCGGCUGGAGCAGGGGAUGGUGUUCACCGAGUACGAGCGUGUUCAGAAGAAAAGGCUGCUGGAUGGCGAGUGCUCGAUCGCGCGGCUGCCCGAGAACGCCGAGAGGAACCGCUUCCAGGACGUCCUUCCCUACGAUGACACCAGGGUAGAGCUGGUCCCAACCAAAGAAAACAACACGGGCUACAUCAAUGCGUCUCAUAUCAAGAUCUCUGUUGGUGGCAUAGAGUGGGAUUACAUUGCCACUCAGGGCCCUUUGCAAAAUACAUGUCAGGAUUUCUGGCAGAUGGUCUGGGAACAAGGGAUUGCGAUCAUAGCUAUGGUGACAGCAGAGGAAGAAAGUGGGAGAGAGAAAAGCUUCAGAUACUGGCCACGUCUUGGUUCAAGACACAACACUGUGACAUACGGAAGAUUUAAGAUUACCACGCGGUUCCGUACCGACUCAGGCUGCUAUGCAACUACAGGUUUGAAGAUCAAACACCUUCUCACAGGACAGGAGAGGACGGUUUGGCACUUGCAGUAUACUGACUGGCCAGAGCAUGGCUGUCCAGAAGAUUUAAAGGGAUUUUUAUCGUACUUGGAGGAGAUCCAGUCAGUGCGGCGCCACACGAACAGCACGGCAGACCCCAAAAGCCCCAAUCCUCCCCUGCUGGUGCACUGCAGCGCGGGUGUGGGGCGGACAGGGGUGGUCAUCCUGGCAGAGAUCAUGAUUGCGUGCUUGGAACACAAUGAGAUGCUGGACAUCCCACGAGUGCUGGAUAUGUUGAGGCAGCAGAGGAUGAUGAUGGUGCAGACUCUUUCGCAGUACACUUUCGUCUAUGGAGUUCUCAUUCAGUUUCUCAAAAGUUCUAGACUUAUCUAAGCCCUGCCAAUUCCUAAGAGACUCUGCAAGAGCUUACAGAAAGAAAACCAGAGUUGUCCAGACCUGCUCUCACUGGCGUUUUCUUCCUAUGAUGAAUCACAGAGUUACCAUGUAGGGCUGCCCUGUGACUGUUAAAUGCCAGUCAGUGUAACAGUCCCUGCACAGCAGGAUCUUUGCUGGACUGAAUUCUUCCCGUGUUCAGCUGCAGUCACACAUUAAGGAAUGAUUUUACUUGUACUGGUCUGUAGUACACAUUCUUUGGAGUGGUGUUACUCUGAGCAAAAUAAGUAUCUUAUGGAAUGGAGGUAUAUAGUACAAUUUUACUAACCUUAUGUUUUAAAACAUAAUUAUUGACUGCAACAGCUAAAAUCUGUAGGUGCACAUGGGGUCAGAAAUCUGUCCCUUGGGAAUGUCAAGGUCUUAUGCAGUUUGAUUCUGCUUUCAAUUUUAUAUUUAGAAUAAUACAUCUAUAUUUUUUAAAAUGAACAUUUGGUUUCCUCCAGUUUUCUUAGCAAAAUUAGCAGCUCUUAGAUAUUUUAAGCUGUUGCUUUAAGGACAGUUAUUUUUAUAUUCAAGUUUUUUAAAUUAAAAACAAAAUGAACCACCACAACAGAAAGCUUUUUAAACAUAACAAUAUUCUCAGAGGAGGAGACUGGCAAUGUUUGAACCAACUUUUCAAAAAUCAUGCAGAAAGUCCUAGGAAAGCUGAUGGUAGUUGUAGUGCCAUGUAAUGGAGCAGACAAGUGAAAGAUAGUGAUAACUGUUAGGAAUUUUCAUCUGAGAGGAGGCAUGUUUACCUGCAACAGGCAGGGGGAUAAAACUUCAAGUAUCUGUGGGGUUAUUGGAAACAAAUGGAUGAGAGAAAGUACAUAUUCAGUAUUAUUCAUAUAUUUAGAGGACAGUUUGAUUUUACUGGCUGAAAUCAAAGUGGAUGCAAAUGUUUUAAGCACUUUUUUUUGCUCUGUUAUUUAUGUAGCUAAAUAUAGAGUCUAUAAUCAUGCAUUGUUUCAUUUGGUAAUAUACCAUUACUAACCUGUUAUUUUAAGAAGAGCUUUUUAAGUUGAUGGAGUGAGAGAACCAAAAUGGGAGUAGGAAGGUGCAGAGUGGUGAAGUGGAAAUGAUUGUAUGAAGCGUAAUGGAGGAGGUGUGGCAGCUAUGAUUGCUGGUUUACACAGUGCAAAGAUGACCUUAAAAAAAUGUUCAUGUUCCCACCAAGAAAGCCAGUAAAGCACUGGAAGUUUCUGUGGAAUCCUCCAGAUGAUAUUGUUAGUACUAGAGCAGAUUUUGCUGGUGCUGUGGAGCGUUGCAAUGAAGAGCAUUUGAGAACUUGCAGAAGAAGAGCUCUUAGAGGAAACACUGGGGAUGUGGGUAAUUUAGUGGCUGUGUAGGUGGCUGAGUCAGUGGCUGUGGAUGGACCUGAAGUAGGCAGGAACAGCCUACUGUAGUUCCCAUUUUGUCCCAUGGGGCUGCUCAAAUGACAAAAUCCCUAAAUAAUCCUCUGUGGUUUUCAGUGGGGACAGCAUGGUUUUAGCUGCCUUUCCAAGUGUUUUGAGAUGCUGAGUUGAAAAUCCCUAUUCCAAAUUGAGCUGUAGUUUUUAGAUACCUAGUUCAAUUAAAAAAAAAAAACA